AUGGGCCUCUUCAUGGAGGUGGACGCUCGUGACCACUCCCUCUGGGAGUCUGUGGAUCGCCGGGUUGAGGAGGCCCGUUUAGAGGAAAAUUUGUCCCCCACCAGUGAUGCCCGGGGUAAUCUGGCCGUAGCCCAUGAGCACGCCAAGUCCCUAGAGGCGGAGUUAUCUCACGCCCGAAGGGUUAUUAAAGAGUCUGACGAGAGGGCAGCUGCAGCAGAGGUUCGUUGUGAGGAAGUUCUGAAGCAGUUGUCCUCCGCAGUGGAUGCUCUACGUGAGAGGGACGAGGCUGUGAGCCAGAAGGAAGAGGUCCAGCGCCAGUACGAGCAGCUGAAGGUAAAAUUUGAUACCGUUCUGGCUCAAAAGAGUGAAGCCGUAGCUCGGGUUGUGGUCCUGAAGCAAGAGUUGAGCAAGCAAGCUGAUAGUGUUAAGGGUUUGGCUUUGGCGGCAGAGGAGUCCAAACUUCAAAAUCAGCAACUCUGCCAACAAGUCAAAUCCCUGGUGACGAGGUGCUCAGCUCUGCUUGAAGAGGUCAAAUUGGCUGAGGAUAGGGUCCAGCUGGAGUGCGAGAGGAGCUUGAGGGAGCAUAGGGAGUCAGCUGAGCUGAAGGAGGAAGUCCAACAAGCCUGUGAAGCUCACCUCAAGAAUUACAAGGAGUCCACUGAGUUGAAGACUGAAAUAGCUAAGGCUUGUGAGAGGCGACUUGCGGAGUUCCAAGGCUCUGAUGAGAUGAAAACUACCGUAUGGAAUAAGGGCUUCCGCAUGUUCGUUUCUGGGUAUAAUAGAGGUUUGAGGGCAGCUCGACACAAUCCCACCACCCCGUUGGCUAAACUCCGAGCUGCAGAGGAAGACUCUGAUGGCGAGGAGGUGUUUUAUGGGAAGGACGACAGGCCUUUACCCAAGAGAGCUUCUCGUACUGCAGCUGGUCCUUCUAAGGCAGAACCCGAGCUAGGGCAUGACGAUGCUGGGUCUUAA